UAAUACUUUCAAUGUCUGUCCUAAAUCUUCAUCCUCCACCUUCUCUCCUCAGAUCUCAUCUGUGGCAGCUUUUGCACCAUCCUCCUCUGCCUCUCUUUCAAAGGAUCCAUUUUCAACUGCAAAAACGACCACUUUCUCUGCUUGUAAGGCGGGCAAAGGGGAACUCAGCAGAUCCAGUUGAGAUUUUUGGGUUCUUUCAACUGGCAAGAACAAGAAGUGAAGAAGAAACCCAAAAAAAGCAUUAUGUUUUAUCCAAUAAAAGGCUUAAGGGUCCAUUCGGUAACGUGGUUUAGGUAGAGUGUAUUUUAAUUUAAUUCCUCAAAUUUAAUACCACUAUUUGUUUUGAGUUAAAUAGAGUGUAAUUGGAUUUGGGUCAAAUACAUAUAUUUUAUUUCU